CACCCGCGCGAUGGGCUCGGAGGCAGCUCAGCUGCUGGAGGCUGCUGACUUCGCCGCUCAGAAACACCGACAGCAGCGACGGAAAGAUCCUGAAGGGACUCCCUACAUCAAUCACCCCAUCGGUGUAGCCCGGAUCCUAACCCAUGAGGCUGGAAUCACAGAUAUUGCGGUGUUACAGGCCGCCCUGCUCCAUGACACAGUAGAAGACACAGAUACUACCCUGGAUGAGGUAGAGCUGCACUUUGGAGCACAGGUUCGACGCUUGGUGGAGGAGGUAACAGACGACAAGACUCUGCCCAAACAGGAAAGAAAGCGGCAGCAGGUGGAGCAGGCACCCCACAGCAGCCCAGGGGCCAAACUGGUGAAGCUGGCAGACAAGCUACACAAUCUGAGGGAUCUUAAUCGCUGCACUCCUAGAGGAUGGACAGAACACCGAGUCCAGGAGUACUUCGAGUGGUCAGCACAGGUGGUAAAGGGGCUUCAAGGAACGAACCAGCAACUGGAAGAGGCACUAAAGCAGCUGUUCGAGGAGCGAGGGCUGACUCUCUGAGCCGUCCUCCGUGCAGUCCUGUGCCAUGGCUCCAGCAAGGCCCAGGAAAGACGGGAUUCUUACCGCAGCAUUUCCAAGUGCCCUCAUAACUCACAUUCCUUCGUUCAACCCAGACAUCACAGGCUAAAAAACGUCUGCGUUUUUUCACUCAACGGAGGCCCGAAUAUGGAAGCCAGAUAUGCCCAUCCAUCCAUGUACUAACAGCCUUUCCUUAAGUCUUGGGUCUGUUUGCUGUUUUGCAUGGUGGAACCUCUGGCCCCUAAGGGACCUCAGAUUGGAUAGGCAUUGGUUUUUAAGUCGUGGAAAAUAAAGUAACAUGAAAAGGCCUGGAAGACUCCAGUGCCCCAACACCA